GAGGGUUUGUUGCGUUGAUUAUGAAUCGAAUCGCAACAGGGUAGAGUGCGGUAGCUGGUGUGUGCUACUGAGUAUCAAUCACCAAUCCAUGGCUCUUCCACUUGGCAAGCUCACCAUUCUCGUUGGUGCAGGUAUUGUUGGUUCAGUUAUUGCAAAAGAAGGGCGCAUACCGGAUGUCUCUAAUUUUGUCUCCAGUGCUUUUAAGGUUGUUUACAAGCAACUUAGGAACACUGAUUCUACUCCAACUGUUAAAAAGCCACAUAAUGAUGCUUUGAUGGCUCAGGUUAACAGCCUGCGGCAGGAACUGCAACUUCUUGCAAGAGAUAGAAAAAUCACUAUUGUAAAUGCAAGUGGAACAGGUUCAAGAAAAUAUGUCACUGUGGUUGUUAUUAUUGUGGUAGGAUAUGGCUACAUCCGGUGGAAGGGAUGGAAACUUCCUGAUAUGAUGUUUGCAACAAGGCGUGGUUUAUCUGAUGCUUGCACAUCUAUUGGUAAUCAGCUGGGUAAACUUUAUGAAUCAAUUGAGGAAGCUAAGAAGAAGUUAUCUGCUAGAAUGAACCAUCUGGAUAGCAGUUUAGAUGAAUGUGCUGCCCUUAGUGAAAAUACGAGGGAGGGGAUCUCUGCAAUACAACGGGAAACAGAUACAAUAAGUGGAGAUUUCCAGUCUGUUUUUGUCGCAGUCCAUGUUCUGGAAUCAAAAAUCAAAGAAAUAGAAGGGAAACAGGUGUCCACAACUGAAGGAGUAAAUAAGUUGUGUCAAGUUGCCAUCAGUUUGGAAAAUAGCAGAGCCACUGAAUGUAUUCAGGCAUCUCCAUCCAGUUCUUCCAAGCCAGCUCUUGAGCUACCACCAGUUACACCUUCUUCAAGGGCAACAGAGUCAGGUCCUUCUAGGCUAUCUCUUGAGCCACCAUCUACGACACCCCCAUCAAGGACUGAAUCCUCGCCUCCAACUUUGUCAACUGCUCCACCAGCUCAAUUGUAUUCUGCUGGAUCUUACCAGGGGAGCAAUCGGAUUUCAGAGGUGAUAAAUUUCACAAGCAGUCAUGUAGAUUCAAACAAUUUUUGUCCUACAGGAGACAAAACCAACGAAUCUAGUUCUGGCUUGUUUGGGCUUAGGUUUUCAGGCCUCUUUGCUCCAUUUCUGACAAGAGCACGCAGUGCAACAGAUGCAGUUGUGCAGCAUCCUCGUUCAAGCAGUUAACAAAACCUUAUUAUUAUUAUUAUUAUUUUUAUUUAUAGGGGUGAUCACCAAUAAAAUAUAGAUGAUUGGAGCUUCUGUGGUUGGAAAUCCUUCACCUGUUGGUGUGGUUGUGCAGAGGUACCACCCUCAAGUGCCAAAGCCAGUCUGAUUAGAAAGGACUGGGCAGUCAAUUUUGUAGAGAUGCUCGUCAUUUCAGUUAUAUUGGGAGUAAACAAUGACUAUUAAACUCUCCAAUUUUCAACCGUGAAAGCUGGAAAGGAAAAGAGGAGGUGAAGUGGGGGGUAUUAAAUUUUGGUAAAUUCGCUUGUUCACUUUACUAUUAUGAGUAUAUAUAUAUAUAUAUAUUAAAUGUCACGAGUUUUAAAUAUAAUUUAAAAUGAUAUUUGGACUGA